GAACAGACACAUAGACAAAAGGGGAUGGAAGAAUGGCACUGACGUGCUCUUGAUUGACUUGGCCUCUGAGUCUAUUGGAAAGUUGGAUCGAAGCCCAACAAUUCCUUCCCUGUUCGCUUCCCGAGUCUUCAUUCAGCGCUCGAUGCUAUCACCGAGAUCCAUUCCACAAGGUGAUUAAAGAGACACCGGUGAUGAGGAACCCGGCUUGACCCGGAAUGGGGCAAGCGCGGCCGCGGGCGUCUCCUCUCAACCCUGUCAACCAGAGUUUCCUUCUCAGUCCAGUUCCGCCUUGCUCUCGAUUGCGCUCUUCAAGCUAUUCUCUCACGAGUGUCGCUCGACCGCCUUGGUCUUUUUCAGAGUGAUGAAGUGAGCAGGCGAUGCUGAGGAGAAUGAGUCGACGGUUGAACGUUCGCCUGGUGCUGACCUGCGCCCUCGCCGGUCUCUUCUGCGGGUCAUUCACCUUCUGGGCGUCCUGCCCCCGGGUGAGAUCGGGGGCCCCCGAUCCCGACAUGGUCGACGAGGAUGGGGAGGACCCGCCAGUCAAGACUGCCAGGGACAUCAAGGGGAACCAGGUUCACGUGGAAGGGGACUGCAAGAAUCUCCCGUGUAUCAUCAAUGGAGAGGAUAGCAUCAUGUGUCGAGCUUCUGAAGACGAAGUCUUCGUCCCUUUCACCUUUCUCUCUCAAUACUUCGAGGUGGAAGGAAAGCUGAGGGGAGGAGAGACUGAUCCUCAUUUCGAAUGGAUCCAUGCCCCAAAGAAGGGGCUGUAUGAGCCUCAGGAGCCUUAUGAUCCCAAGGGGGCCUUCGGUUGGUUCUCCAAUUACAAUGUGGAGGUCCGUGAUCGGGUCAAGUGCAUAUCUGCCCUUCAUGAUGUGCCAGUGAGCACGCAGUGGUCGAGUUCUGGAUACCUGUACCCAAUUCAGAUUGCUCAGUAUGCCCUGAGUCACUUCAGCAAGAACCUCACAGACCCUGGACCUCGGAUCACCGUGGUUGCCGACAGCGACCAGGUCAUAGGUCAAUGGAAGAUCUCCCCCAAUUCCUUUGUCCAGCGGAUCUAUGACAAGCAGCUUUCCACCAACAUCGUGGAGUUCCACGUCUCCAAGGAGGGUGGAAUGGAGCUCCACCUUCCUGGGAAGCCUGCGGAGCUCGUUCUCGGAAUGGAUCUGAAUCUUGAAGGCGAAGGGAAGAUCACGGUAGCCGUGAAAGACGAAGAUGGACCGGAAGUUUUCCAGCUCCACUACGAGACUUCACGGGAUCUUCUUACGGUGGAGUCGGAAAAAGAAGGAAUCGUGUAUGGACUGAGGAUUGGAAGUGGAUGGAGGCGAUUUGUGAGAGAUCUCUUUUUCGACCUUCAGAAAGGCCUUGCCGUCAUGGAAGGGAAGAGGAGGAAGAGAAUGACCCGAUCUCGUCUCACGCCCCUCUCCAUCUCCUUUGUGGGGAAAGGACACGUGGACAACGUGACACUCAGUACCACGGACCACGUGACCCUAUUCUUCCAAGGUGCGGACUGGUUCGUGUCGUCUCAAGAUCAGGACUCGGGAGGAUGGCCGGUCCCCGUCGAACGGCGUCUGGCUCAGCGACAGUUGAUCCUGAAACCUGGCUGGCAUUCUGCAAUGGCACAGGGACAAGCCUUGUCCGUCUUAGCACGAGCCUUCCACGCUUCCAAGAACGAGAAAUACCUGGAUGCUGCCUUGAAGGGAGUGAACCCAUUUCGAGUCAACAGUUCAGACGGAGGCGUGAGGACGUAUUUCCUGGAUAAAUUCGUCUUUUACGAAGAAUACCCGACCGUCCCCAGCAGUUUUGUGCUCAACGGCUUCAUCUAUUCCCUGUUGGGACUCUUCGAUCUCGCGUCCAUCUUGGGACCCACUCAUCCUUCUCACGAAUCUGUGAACCACCUCUACCAGGAGGGACUGACCUCUCUGCUAGCCCUGUUACCCUUGUACGACACAGGGUCGGGGUCUGUCUAUGACUUGAGACAUUUCACUUUAGGGGGAGGUCCCCCUCCAAAUCUCGCUCGUUGGGACUAUCAUGUUACCCAUAUCAAUCAGUUGCGGCUCCUGGCCACCAUUGAGGAACACCCGAUUCUCUCUUCAACAGCUGAACGUUGGUUCUCCUAUAUGAAUGGACAUAGGGCUCCCCAUAACUGACCGACUUUCGUUCUUUCCUUCAUUCCCAGAUCUCUAAGUUUAUCAUUUUGAGUACUUUUGACGUCCAUAUCAGUGAAUCGUACUUGAAUGGGGAGGGGGGGACACGUGUUCUUGCCAGAUCCUGAUUGUUGUGAUAUAAGGGAAUUUCAAUGUGAUACCUCCUUGUGCACCAUGACAGGGCUGCUGCUGACCUGAACUUUUCAUGGUUGACUGAUGUAGAUCCAAAAUGAGAACAGAAUCUCUUUCUAGUUUCUCUCUUCUCCACAAUAAGAGAAAAAGUCUUCCAUCAGCAACUGUCUCUGUGCUUGCUUAGUAUAGUUGGCAACAUGUCCAUCGUGUUUCUGGUUGCAGAGGAUGGGUUUCAUGGUACAGUAGUCUGCCAUCCCUCGUCAUGGAGAGACAUUACUGCAAGAAAUUUACUGUUGAUUGUUUCAGAGCCAAGAGUGUUUGUAUGUCUUCCCUAGAAUGGCUGUUGCACAUGGAUAUGAUCCUUUUGUAUCAAGAAUAAAUUGAGCUUUUUCCACA